AUGCUUUUCAAGACGUUUCUCAUCGGCCUUCUGGCGCCGGUUGCCCUUGGCUUCGCCAUCCCUGCGAAGCGUAGCGACGCGCACAUGAACCUACCCAACGUCGACCUCAACCGUCUGGAUGCUCCCAUCAUCGACGAACACGUCAACUUGCCUAACGUCGACCUGAACAGGCUUGACGCCCCUAUCAUUGAUGAGCAUGUCAACCUGCCCAACGUCGAUCUCAACCGCUUGGACGCUCCCAUCCUUGACGAUGAAUCUUACUGA